AUGCCUAACUAUGAUGAGUUUGUGAUGGAACCCUUCUACUUUCCUGAGUUUCUUCAGGCUGACGACCAAGAUGAGGUCGCCGAAAAUCGAGGCGCUUACCGCAAUACGACAAAUUGGUGUCUAUUUGGUGAGAUCGUGAGAAUCGAGCUCUUUACCCGCGUAGUCCUCUUCUGCCGCGACAAACGCGACUUUGCGUUCCUCGUCGCUUUCUAUCCAGAUGGAAAUGCGCAGGUCGAUCCUCGCCCAUACAAGAUUGGGCAUACUGUUGCAGUCUUGAAUACCACUACCAAGAGAUUCUUGGAUGGAAGGGAGGGAGUUCGCGUGGAGAAGCUGGAAACUUGUCGGGCCUUUCCCUUGAAACUGGCAGACCUUUACCAGAUGAACACAGAGCUUGUCAAGUACACUGGAGGAAUUGACGAGCAAAGUGGCACUCGGCCGUGUCAGGCCUGUGGCAAGGAAGCACAGGAGCGCAAGAAGUGUGGCGGCUGUGGUUACUACUACUAUUGUGAUACGGCGUGCCAAAAGAAGGCCUGGGAGGGCAAGAACCACAAGAAGGGAUGCAAGGUCCUCAAGAAUCCCAAUAUGAGAAUGCUGCUGAAUCUCAAAGCCGCCACCCAAGCUCUCCGAUUCACAGAUUGA